AUGCCGUCGAGGCAGAAUGGCUUUAGCGGUGACAACAAACUUGCUACCAACAAGGCACUGACCUCCAGUGUCGACGACAAUCCUCGUGCAACAAAACUAGAACACAACAGUUACACAGUCGGGUGGGUAUGUGCGCUGCCAAAGGAGCAGACGGCUGCGACAGCAAUGCUAGAUGAAAUCCAUCCACAUCUACCAAAACCACCAAGCGACCCUAAUACUUACACCUUGGGGUGCAUCGGGAGGCACAACAUCGUUAUAGCCUGCUUACCGAAAGGCCAGUACGGCACGAAUUCAGCAUCGGCGGUUGCAACUCGGAUGGUAGGCACUUUCCCAUCCAUUAAGGUUGGCCUCCUGGUUGGUAUUGGCGGCGGCAUUCCACCAAAGGUCAGACUCGGGGACGUCGUGGUCGGUACGCCCGUUGGUCAGUGUUCAGGGGUGGUCCAGUGGGAUCUGGGCAAAGCAGAAGCAGAGGGUGGCUUCAAAAGAACCGGCGUACUGAAUAACCCCCCGACGGCACUGCUGACGGCAUUGACGAAGCUGGAAACGAUGCAUGAGAUGAGUGGACCCAAGAUCUAUCAGUAUCUGGAUGAUAUGGGGCAGAAAUGGCCUAGACUUAUGCCAAAGUAUACCAGAUGUGAUUCUCUUGUGGAUCCUUUGUCCGGUUCCGACAAUUGCGCUAGAGAAAGCCAACACGGAGAAGGACAUGUGCACUACGGUUUAAUAGCGUCCGGUAACCAGGUUAUCAAGGACGCACAUUUCCGUGAUAAUCUAAACAAGAGCCUCGGCGGGAAUGUGUUGUGUGUUGAAAUGGAAGCAGCUGGGUUGAUGAACAACUUUCCUUGUGUUGUGAUCCGGGGUAUUUGCGAUUAUGCGGACUCAGAUAAGACUAAAUCUUGGCAAGAGUAUGCUGCAGCUGUUUCAGCGGCGUAUGCAAAGGAGCUUCUGGAGUAUGUCCAGCCAAGUGAUGUUGAUGGGGAGCGCCCAGUGAAAGACAUGCUUGGCGACGUCUUGGAGUGUGUAUCGAGAACCGAGACUAACGUUGAAACAAUGAAGUCGAACUUCGACAGAAAAGGGGAACUUGAUAUCCUUGAAUGGCUUACACCGAUCGACUACGGUCCUCAACACAGUGACAUCUUAAGGAGACGACAGUCAGGGACUGCGCAGUGGUUCUUAGACUCUGCAAUAUACCAGGCAUGGAUAAGCUCAAACAAGCAGAGAUUAUUCUGUCCCGGUAUUCCCGGCGCAGGAAAAACAAUAUUGACGGCAGCAGUCAUUGAUGACAUUGCUGCCCGAUUCCUACAUGACAAAUCCAUUGGAAUUGCGUAUGUCUACUGUGACUUCCGCCGGAAAAACGAGCAAAGCGCGGAAGGCUUAAUAACAAGUCUCCUAAAGCAAUUGAGCCAAUGCAGGCCUUUCCUCCCAGAAAUCGUGCGCAGCCUCUAUGAUCGUCAUAGACAUAGACGGACCCGACCAGAAUUCGACGAAAUUGCAACGACACUCCGAUCUGUGGGUGCUAUGUACUCGAGAGUCUUUAUUAUAAUCGAUGCGCUCGAUGAAUGUCAGACAUCUAAUGACUGUCGAACAAGAUUUAUCAAGGAGAUUCUGAACUUCCAGGCAACGUGCGGUGCAAAUACUUUUGCCACUUCAAGAUUCAUUCCGCAGAUCACUGAGAGAUUCAACGACUGCAUGACACUGGAAAUCCGUGCACAUGAUCAAGAUGUUCGUGAAUAUUUGAGGAGUAGGAUAUUGCAAUGUGAAUCAAGGCUGUUAGCCUCUCACAGUGAAGAGAUUCAAACUGAAAUCACGAAAGCUGUCGAUGGAAUGUUUCUGCUAGCACAGCUUCACUUCGACGCGGUGAAAUCGAAAAAAACCACGAAAAGAGUAAAAGAGGCUCUGAAAGGCCUUGCAAAGGGGUCUGAAGCAUACAAUGAUGCAUACGAAGAUGCGAUGCAGCGAAUUGAAGGGCAGGACAUGGAUUCCCGGAAGCUUGCACACGAUGCUUUAUCGUGGAUCAACGGUGCAACGAGGCCGCUCAAUACAUUAGAACUUCAACAUGCACUUGCUGUAGAAGCAGAGUCAGAAUUCGACAAAGACAAUAUUCCGUUUCUGGAUGACAUCAUCUCUGUCUGUGCAGGCUUGGUCACAGUUGACGAAGAAAGUGAUGUCAUUCGAUUGGUACAUUAUACAGCACAAGAAUUCUUCCAACGAACGUGGACCAGGUGGUUCUCAAACGCACAUCACGGCAUUGCGACAGCUUGUGUCACAUACCUCUCUUUCAACCCCUUCAAAGCAGGCCCCUGUUCCACCGACAUGGAUUUUGAAGCGCGAUUAGACACAUACCCCCUUUUCUCCUAUGCAGCGAGAAACUGGGGUCAUCAUGUUCGGACACAACAAACGGGAAUAAGCUUGAUAGUAACCUUGCUUGAAGAUACACCCAGGCUUAAAGCCUGUGUGCAAGGCCUUUUCGCUCGCAAAGAAUUUCCAACUCACUGGAAUUAUAGCCAACAGGUUCCCAAAUUGUUUACAGGACUCCAUCUUGCAUCAUACUUUGGGCUAGAUAAUGUGGUGCUGUACAUGAUUCAACAGGGGAAACAGUGUGAAGCUAUCGACUCGUUUGGUCGACUCCCAUUGACAUGGGCAGCCUUUAAUGGGUACGUGGGAGUAGCUCAGCACCUGCUGGAGAGAAGUACCAAGUCGGAUUCGGAAGAUAAUGAUGGCCGAACUUCACUAGCGUGGGCAGCAUGCAAUGGCCAUGAGCGAGUGGUCAAACUUCUGGUUGAGAGAGGUCUUGACCUAGGCUGGAGAGAUGCCUUCGGCCAUUCUAGAGACGCAGAUGAUCGAACCCCUCUAUCAUGGGCCGCAUACAAAGGUCAUAUAACAAUCGUGCAAUUGUUGCUGGAAGGUGGUGUUGAUCCAGACUCCAAGGAUGUGGAUGGACGAACCCCUAUUUCGUGGGCGGCCUACAACGGCUGCGAGGCAGUGGUACAGAUCCUGCUAGUACACUCUGUUGAUCCAGACUCCAAAGACGAGAUUGGACGGACUCCUUUAUCGUGGGCGGCAGAAAAUGGCCACGAGAGAGUGGUCAAGCUCCUGAUGGAGAAAGGCGUUGAAGUAACCUCAAUCGAUCAAACAGGUCGAACCCCGUUCGACUGGGCAUCUUAUUACGGUCAUAAGACAGUGGUCUCACUCCUCCUGAGCGAAAUUUUUCAUAGGCACCCACUCGCCCUUUGUACUACCGUUGGAGCUGCUGUGAAGCAGGGUGAUUCUGAGAACAACGAACCUCGAAACUCAGGUUCCUGUGCCCUCACCCCAAGCACUACAUGGUCAGGUGGCCAUGAAGUUCGAGGUCAAGACCAGCAGAAGCAACAACUUGGGGAGCCGAGCUUGAAGAGUGUCGGGAUUACUCCAGCAAAUGGUGACAGUCAAAAACGGCCACUGUCGCCGGAAUUCGCCUCGCCUCAGACUGUGCCCUCCCUCCACUCUAAAUGGUAUUGCCGGUUGUGUCCUGAGAGAAACCGCUUGUAUACAUGGAGAGAAGACCUCCUACAACAUAUACAUGCCAAACACGCCGUUCAGUUUCAUUAUUAUUGCACUGACUCUCAUUGCCCUGAUGCUAUUGCACGCAACCCCAUUGCCAAGAGACGUGACCAAACUAAUCCCGACAAGAAGAGCCCCAUCCUCGUUUCUGUCUAA